AUGGUUUCGACGGCGGCAACCACGCUGAUAACGUUCAUGCUCCGGACUCCACCGAACACGCAUUCGUUGAAGCUCCUCGGGUCAUGGGAUAACUUCUCACAGGAGUAUACUAUGGAGCGAGAUACGCGGACCGGGCCGGACCAUUGGCGAGGAUGCCAUGUCUUUACUAAUAUAAUCUGCGAUGGUAACCUCAGCACUACUCAGGCUGGUCGGGAUGGUGGAUUGAGGAUGGGUGGGACAUAUUGGUAUUAUUAUCGACUUAAUGGCGAUGUCGAUUAUUAUAAUGAAGCUGAGCCGUGGACGACCUCCUGUCCCUUUCUCCCUGGCCAGCCCAUCAAUAUCCUCAAUGUUCCUAUCCACCUUCCUUCAGCAGAUUCACGGCAUAAACGCGAGAGCAGUACGGUUUCACAGCGAUCCAUUCCCCAAACGAUGAAUCCCGAUGACAAAUAUCUGAAUCCCAGACCCCCGCCGCGGCCCAGACUUCCACGUCUCCUCACAUCCACCGGAGGAAACCGUAGUCGAGAGGCAUUGACGUCUCCGAUUGCGUCGUCACCUCAGCAUCCAGUACAUGGAAGAAGCGCGUCACAUCCACGAGACUUGCCGGCACGCCGGAAAUUUCGAGUUUCUGCAAAACUAACGUUGGAUGCGGCGCCGCCAACUCUACACUCGACGAAGGGAAGCGCUCUUAGAACUGCAUUUCUGAAUUUCAAGACUCCUCGUUCUGUAGGGAAGGACGCGGAGAACGAAAAGCGGUUUUACUCGAAUGGGAGAGAAGACGAGAUGGGCUACAAAGUGGACGACCAAAGAGGAAGGAGUCCUCGAAGCAAUACUCCAUCUCCAUCACAUUUUCCGUUGGCAUCUGGGCAUUCAGGCCAGACUUUACAAGUUCCGGUUAAAAUAUACGGUGGCAAACGACGUCCUGCGUCACCAUUUGGGAGUAGAUCUGCAAGCAGAUCUGCAUCUCAAACUCGAGACAGGUCACCCCUGCGAACUCCCAUGGAAUUCCAGCAAAACCACGUCGCUGAAUCUCCAUAUAGAGUGCAAGACGAUACAGAGUCGCCUGUCCAAGACCUCGACCUCAGUGACCCGCCUUCGUUGAUGGUCCCCUGUAAAUUGGAUCUUGGCAGCACCAUUGAUUUGAAUGAAAAACGCCUCCCUACGCUUCCAAACAGUCCUUCCUCUGUCCUGGACGAAGAGCUACGAAGGAUGGGCUUCAAAUCCCCUGUGCUGGAUAUAGAUGCUUUGCAUAGUCAUUUCUCUGCAUCUACUGCUGCAUCAGCUAAUAUGUCUCCAAAUUCCUUUCUGCAGGCUUGUGAUAGUCGUUUUUCAGAAUGCAGUACGGAUACCGACGCAUUGUCGCCAAGUUCAAUGACUUCUGGGUCUACAUUCAAUAACGACGGUUCUUUGUCCUCCAGGCGGAGUUUUAGCACCAGCGAGCCGAUAGAGGUUGCGUCAAUUCAGACGGCGCUCCCAAGGCUUGCAGGUCUGCGCAUCACAGACGACUCUGAUCUAUUGUUGCCCCAUCUUCACUAUUUUGAUACACCAUCGCCGCCUACCACUGUUCCCGCUGAGUCUCUUUCAGAUAUCCGCAUCUCGGCAUUGCAUAUUGCAAAGAAAGUGCAACCUUCUGACAUUCCAGUGUCAGAGUCGAAGGUACACUUGCUCAAUGGACGGGCACCAGAUUCCGGACUUCCAACACCACGAGCUAGUGGGGAACAAAUGAUGGAGCGUAUGGGUGGAUCAUCAAAACAGCGGCCUUCAGCUCAUAUGCACAACAUGAUGCAGGAAAUAAUGGAUGAAUUGAGCUACUUAGGGGGUAUGAUUAAUGUUGAUAGUCCGGUGCAUGAUUAA